CACAGCAACUUCCCAGGACCAAAACCGUUCUCACACAUUUUGCCUGCCCUCUCUUCACGCGCAGCCGUUUGCAAUUUGUUCAUUUCAAUAUUCAAAAAUCCACCUUGUCUACGGCGACGCUGUAUUUUGUGCUAAUUUAACUGAUAUUAGGAAGGUUUGGACUAUUAUACAGGAUUGUCUAAAGGCUUCAUAGCCAGUUAUAGAAAAUAACUGGAUCACGAUAACGGGAGAGCUGCCUCCAUCACCGCUUAGAACACGCGAGCAUCACCACGACCGACGGCUGACUCAUUAUCUUCGUUCGAAACCAUGUCGGAGUACAGUUCCCUGCUCAGCGACCUCUCUGAGAACAUCACCAACGAGGACCUGGAGCAGCUCAAGUCCGCGUGCAAAGAGGACAUCCCAGAGGAGCAGAGCAACACCAUCACCUCCUCCAAAGAGUGGUUCACCUACCUGGAGAAGAAUGACAAACUGGCACAGGAUAACCUGUCCUACAUAGAGCACAUCUUCGAGAUCUCCCGGCGGCCAGACCUUCUGACCCGUGUCAUCGAGUACCGCACGACUGUCCUCAAGAUCUCUGAGGACGACGAGAUUGACACCAAACUCACGCGCAUCCCCUCUGCCAAGAAAUACAAGGAUAUCAUCCGCCAACCAUCUGAGGAUGAGAUCAUCAAGCUGGCCCCUCCCCCAAAGAAAGCAUGAGGUCAAAGGCCAUGACCUUUGAACUUCACCCUUGGCACGCCAUCUCACCCAAUCAUCUACAGCCCCCACCCCCAUCCCACUUCAUCUGAUUCAUCUUACCAUGUCAUGUCCAUCUUACAGACCCCGCCCCCCUGCCCACACACACACAAACAAAAAUCUACAACCACAACAAACAAGCAGCAGUCGACCAAUCAGUUUGCCACAACGCUUCAUUGCAUUGCUCAUCUUUUCCCUUGAUGUGGAAGGAAGACAUGAAGUGCACGCACAGAGGAGAAAGAGAGAGAGAGAGAGAGAUGAAGGGAAGGAGGGAGAUAGAGAGACGGAAAGAAAGAGAGAGGAACCUCAGCCCAAAGCCAAGGUUGUGUGGAUGCAACUUGACAUUCGUCGAUGAGAAAAGCAUUUGUGAAUGAGUGUGCAUGUAUAGCCCUGUGUGUGUGUGUGUGUGUGUGCAUCUGUGUGUGUGUGUGUGUGUGUGUGUGUGUGUGUGUGUGUGUGUGUGUGUGUGUGCGUGGCCACAGCAGUUUUGAUGAGAGCAGCACAGACAUCCACAGCUUCCAUGUCACAGGACACGUGGACACACCUCUGCUGAUAAAAGGUUAAGGAGAGGUCAAGCUGCUACGAUGCAGGCUACUUGAUUGGCUUAGUUCAACACGGAGCAUCGGCCAUCCUCUGCCAGCCCCUCAGUCCCCUGUGUCUCCAACACAUUGCCCAGUAUCACAUGCUGGAAUUUACAAAAGCCAACAACCGAAUGUGAGAAGAUAAAACUAGAAAUGCGAAGAAAACUAAAUGAAAAGAAAAGAGAGUGUUCCAUUUGACAGCAGAAAAGCCCAUGUUUGCCUUUUGCUUUGAAUUUGCUUAAGGGACUGAACAGCUUUUCUUUUGCAUCUAUUGUGUUGUUUCUCUCUCUUAUUAUUAUUUGUAUUGUUGUUAUUUUUUCGUAAUUAUUGUUUAAAAUGUAUUAUUUUCUUUAUUUCAUACACUAUGAUAUCCAGAGAAUUGUAAUUUUAUGAUGUUAUUGGUAAUAAUGAAUAUUCGCUUGUGACAUGCCCCUUUUGUCUGAAAAUUAAGAGGUGACCAUAAUGGAAAGUCAAGGGAAGUAUUCAUGAUCCCAACAAAUCCCUCUAUUCUCAUAAACUACAUCUCCCAUAAUCCUCCUCACACAUUGCAGAUGCUUCUGCUCUCUGAUCUCAGCGAAAAAAAAGUAGUUUCCUCAGAAAAAAAAACAAAACAAACAAACAAAAAAACUACGAAAAGUGACCAAAAUGUCGGCAAAUAUUCAAUUCUCAGUGGCUUAGUUCUUUCCUAUGUUUCGCUGAAGGACCACUUUGUUUUUAAUUUUCUUUUUUGAAAUGUUAUGGUGCCCUCACAGACUUGGCACAAUAUCGUGUUGUAUGAAAAUAAUAACUAUUAACAAAUAUUAGAGGCUCCAGGUGAAUGCAAAUUAUAUAAAACAUAUUCAUUUAAACGUUUGGAAGCAUAAAAAGUAACUUAUUCUUUAUAAUACAUAGAUGAACGUUCACAUGAGAGAUGCAUUAUAAAAAUAGCAUUAUAUUAUUGUAACAAAGAAGUCAAGUAAUUGCAAAUGUAUUCUGCAGAGAUAUACAGUAUCUUGGAUAGCGUAAGAUAUGCUCAAGGACUGCAUGAUAAAUACAUGAACUAGGGCCUGCAAGUGUAUCCAAUACAACAGGCCACCAGACAUUCAUACAUACAAGCCACAGUAAGACUGUUGAUCGAAGACAAAAUUCACACUGUGUUUCAUAUCCCAGCCUAAAGAGACUGUUGCUUUUGCCAUGCUAAACUGUGUGUGUGUGUGUGCGUGUGUGUGUGUGUGUGUGUGUGUGUGUGUGUGUGUGUGUGUGUGUGUGUGUGAGAGAGAGAGAGACAGAGAGCCUUGGAGUGUGUAAAGAGCCAACAUUUUCAUGCCCUCCUCUGCUUUGCGCCAUGUGAUGCUAAAGAGAGCAGACUGUUAGGGAAAAACCACUAUAAGACACAAUUAAAUCCCUUACUCUGGCACCUUAAUAGAAAGAAAAUAAACAAUCUCACUCUCUAACAGUCAAAAUAAUAUUCUGAGGCCCUCCCAUAUCUCCCCAUCUAUGGUGUAACUUUCUCUCUCUCUCUCUCUCUCUCUCUCUCUCUCUCUCUCUCUCUCUCUCUCUCUCUCUCUCUCUCUCUCUCUCAUCCUUUCUUCAUUUUCCCCCUUGUUGUACCUUGACCCUAACUCAUGUUCCAGUGCCAAUGACCAAGACGUUGUUUCGGUCAGACGUCCUGUGAUUUGUUUGUUAGUUUAGCGCUUGCCGUGUUAGCACCACGUGGGCUUGCGUCCUAUGCAUUUUGGUUGAUUAGCCUUAUAGUCAUUGUUUUCAUAGAUUCAGAUUGAGUACUCUUUUAUAAUCAUCCGUUAGAACAUCUUAGGUGAUCAUUUAAAAAAAGAGAAAAGAAUCAGUGCUCUAAAGAAGAUUUUUUUUUUUAAAAGAGCAGAGGUGAAAUUGGACUUGGUUUGGCCCUGUUUAAGUGAAGCAGUUCCCACUGUGACCUUUUCCUCAACACUUGGGUAAGGGCCAAAGCUGCCAAGUGAGCUGAAGACAGAAACACAAAGAAUGGCUCAUAACGGGAAAAAAAAGCUGCCUCUGAAUUUUAACAGCUCUCAGGUUUUUUUGACGGAUGGCAGUUUUGAAGCUAGCUUGUGUCCUUAGUGACAAGGAGAAUGAGGGGAACUUUGGGUUUAACUGCUAUGACCUAUGGGUUCAGUACCAGUGGUUUCAAUUGUAUGGGGCUUUUUUUUUUUUUUUUUUUAAAUUGUCAAGCAACAUAUGUGUUGUGUAUUAGAAAGUUCAUGGUGUUUUUAGAGUUUUAUUCCUCAGGGGAUUUGCCCCGAAGUGGAAAGUUAGCUUACCAUUGAAAGUUUUAUGUGGUGAAUCCUUUUCUGGAUGUCCAGAGGGUUUUAGUCAGUUGGUUAUUCCAUUCGUCCCCCAAAUGUAUUCAGAUAUUGCCUGUGAAGUAAGUUUGUGGCCAAGUGUCUGCUAUAUAUGCCAGUCUGAUAAAUACUCUGUUUGGAGUGGUGAUUAAUAGAGAUAAGACAAACCUUAGUCACAAACUCAAUAUAUUUAUACACAUUAUUAUAGAUCACAAGCAAGAACAGCAUUUUUAUUCAACAAUAAUUAAUUUUAUUUAUUUAUUGGAACAAAUACCAUUACGGUUUGGUUUUGAAGAUUGUUUUGUGUUUUUGCAAUGCUCCUAUGGCUGCCGUUACCUGCAUAGCAUAUAUGCUGCCUGCUUUGUCAACUGCAAGAACAACAGACCUUUACAAAAUGUGCAGCCUUCCAUGCUAUUUUCAAAUCUUUCGUUGCUGGGUUGCACCUACAGUAGCUAUCUGGAGCGAGGCUUGACUAGCAUGUUCCUCUGUUGUCCACACUGCCCCCUGCUGGUGAAUUGCCUUGCUGCAGUAUUUGUGUAUUGUGUGUAACUUUUUGGACAGGUGCCCAGGCGCCUCCAAACUGAUACGUUUCUUUCUGAUAUGGGCUGUCAGCAAGUUAGCACUGUGUUCUGAUUCAGACUCAAAAAGGGCUCAAUCCAUGGCAAGCGUUUGAUCUAAACAGUCGGGGACAGUGGCGUUAGAUCUAUGCCAUCUAUCCGUUUUAUCUUUAUUGUUUGAUUGGAAACCUUUUACUGUAACAGGUGGUCUUAACCUUUUGGCCAUGUUAAGUGAGAAUAUCUCUGCAGAGGCGAUAGUGGAUUUCACCAAGAGCCCAAGUUACAACUCACUUUGGUACAGUCCAGAUUAGAUAUGGCAUGGAUAGCCUAACUAGUGCCAUACAUGUGUCAGAUUUGGGUCUCUUGCUUCCCUGGCUGCAGUGCAAUUUACCAUUGGUUCUUUAUGGAAGGUGUUUUCGUUGGGCCCCCCAGUCUGUUCCAACUAGUCCUUCCACCAUCUCAUGUGAUUUUGCAUUGGAGUCUCCUAUGCUAACUCACACCAGGACUCAACAAUAAUGGUUGCCCUUGGCUACCAAAUUGCUACAAGUGGUAACCAGAUUUGGUUAGCUUUGGCAACCAAAACUUUGUGCCUGGUUGCCAAGCUGGCAGCCACUUUUAACCACUUUUUAACCACCAGUGAACGUUGAGCCCUGACUAACGCAUGUCCCAUCUACGUAGAGUCUAUGCAGUGAGGAGACAGGAAAUCUACACUGUGUAUAAAGGCCUGUACAACAAUCCAUCAGGCAACAUGCAAAAGUGCCGCAAAAUGUUAAAUUGAACAUCUGGCUAACAAAAUAUCAAAAUACAUGAUAAAUAUACAAUUUUGUGAAAUGUUUAGUACACAUUAACAUGCGUCAUCACAAAUGAUCCAAUCUGGAUGUCAGUGUAUCAAGUACAUAUCAACAUAGAUAAUGCUGCAAAAAACAUACAAAAAACUAAAGAUAUCUCUAAAGUUAUAACUAAGGAGGCUUAACUUUAAAUAUUUUUGUUUCUAUUUGGUAACCUGUUUUGCGUACAGUAAAACAGUAAUACGCGCUACGCUGAACCAAAAUUCAUACAAUACAAUAGUCAUAUCAUAAGAAGACAUUAUCAGAUAAUUCAUUCAUACACAGAAGAUAAAACCCAAAUAGCAGCUAGACUCUGGAAUCUGGCGCAUUCGGGCCACAUCUGGGCCAGAUCUGAGGGCAGAGCCAUACCACUUCUGACCUGUAGAUCUGGUCACAGAUCAGCUUGUUAUUUUUUGGGGGGUUUUAACUUAUGUGUCUCCUUUAAAUUGAGUUGUAAAUAUGUAUUGUGAAUUUAUAUCAAUGUGUUUUAUUAUUAUUGAUUAAUUUAUUUAAUGCACAUGUAUUUUCAUUGUUUUUAUUUUGUGUAUUCAAAUAUGUCUACUAACUGGAUACAACUAGUGGGACAAAAAAAGUUUAUUUACUAAUGUGAAAAAAAAAAGUUUUGCUAUUAUUUCGAGAGAUAUGUUUUUGUUCUGUCAGUGGAGGUUCUUUUUUUGGGGUACCAGUUUCAUUGAUGACUUGGGGGAAAUGUAUAUGUCUUUAUGAGUUAAGAUCCAUCAUUAUCGUAUUUCUUUCUUAUUUUCCGUUCAGACCUAGUUUCAUUUGAAGUAAUUUGUAGUAUACAGUAACCCUUGUGUUGCUUGAGAAAUCCUCUCUCCCGGCUUGCUGGUUUUGUGUUAUGUUCUUUGCAUAUGAUUCUAGUGACUGUUUUUUGAUAGAAUGCUUUUGUUAAGUCGUGACAAUGUGAUCUUAUGAAGCCACUGGGUAUAAAAGCAAGAAACCUUUAAAAAAAAAAAAAAAAAAAAAAAAGAAAACGUGCAGUACUCCGACAUUUUACACCAGCUGUCAUGUUAUAUGUUUUACCAUUUAUCUGUGUUUUAUUCAGAUCAUUUACACAUGGCUAGUGACUGACCUUUUUACAGUAGGGAUACCAGGGGAACAUACUAUCAGACAUCUCAUACCCAAUGUUAUAAAUGCCUGUAUUUGAUCUUGACAUAUUACAGGAACAUUCUGAGGUCUACUGCAACUUGGCUUGAAUGAGCUUCUGAGAUCAUGGUAGUUAGGCGCAUGUGGCUUGCUGCUGCCUUGUCCAUGGACAUGGUGUGUUGUGAAAAUGGGGCUCCGAGAGGUCAACAUGUGACCUUGUGACCUUUGACCUUAGGGCGAUUGUGAGGAUAAUAGUGGGAGAACAUAGAGACCCUCAGUUUAAAGUGGUGACCUUGGACAAAAUAUAAUACAAAUGUAAAACAAUGCUGAUGCAUUAAGAGUUUGAGGUCAUCGGUAUAAAGUAAACAAUACAAACUGGUCCAAAAUUGAGUUAGUCAGACCAAUUAUUUCCACUUUAUUUUGCCCCACUUCCGAAUGCAUGCCAGAACUUGCAGAUGCUGCAGGUUUGGAUGAGGUAUACCCUUUGAGUGUGCGUGCGUGUGUGUAUGUGUGAGUGUGUGUGUGCUGUGACAGUAGAGGGAAAUACCAGGUGGGUCUUGAAUGUGUCCAGACAGGUCUCUGAGAAGCCGUGAAUGUGGGGGACCGAUUGACAUUUUAACACGUGUGAGUCGAUUUGUGGGUGUUGUGGGUAUGUAAGAAUGACAUGGCUGGGUCAGUAAAGAGAAAGAAAGACAGAGAGAGAGCGCAAAAGAGAGAGAGAGCGAGAAAAAGAGAGAGAGAGAGAGAGAGAUAGUUUUACAACCAUUGUGCACAAGCUUUGGUCUCAGUGGUAUAAAUACACGGGCGAGACAAGUGACAGCGCAUUGCAUUUUAAUGGCGACUUAUAGAUAGAAACAAAUUGACUGAGAAAAAAUAAAGAGUAUUUAUUCUGUAAGAAGUUUAAUGUUUACAUUAUGCACUAAAAGGAAGCUGUUAUUUCAAAGUGCCAACCCUAUUUCUUUAUCGCCGAUUUGCUGAGGAAGACGAGACUUGAAAUCCAAAUCGCCUAGAUGCGUUAUAGACUGACAAAAAGCGUGCAUGCCAUUACAGACUUUGAUGAACAAUCAGUUUUUUUCCCUUGAGCAAGGUAGGACAGGACCGAGACAGCCGUAGCGUUCUAUUGGUGUGUAGUCCAUUUGCGGUAGGCCCCAUGGUGGCAUAGUGAUUGUGCUAUAUAUUUUUCUGAGGUGCUGGGUGUUGUAGUUUUUUUUUUCUUUUCUUCUCCUUUUUCCUUGGGAUGCUGUGGUUUGUUUACCGUGAAGUGGAGUUGAACGUGCAGUACAGUGAGGAAAUCCCUGUUUCUUUUUGCCACCGCAAUUCUGAAAUGGAGUGCGCUCGGUGUGCGUGCGGAGUGGCAAAAGUGUCUGCGUGAAUUCCAAAUGUUAAGAGUAGGCUAGAGUAGGAUUUGCUAUCUAACAGUUUUGAGCAGUUCUAACACAAAACCACCACUAGGGGGCUGCAGUGGGAGCAGAUGCGUUUUUCUAUUAUUUCCCUGUUCAUUUCAUGUUCGCUUCUUUUAAUGAUCCUCUGUGCUCUGUUUCGCCUGUGGAACCAUUUCAGACUAGCAUCACGGCUCAAAAGUGAACUCAGCAAGCCUGACAGGACUAUGCUGUUGUUGAUUUUUUUGUUUAAAUAGUUUUGGUUUCUUUUAUUUUACUUCUAUGUUUACUGCUAUGAUUGAAGUGGAUUAUCAUUAUUGUUAAUUUCAGAUGCCGACUGGAAGAAGGAGGUAGUUUUGCUUGGUGUGUGCAGUCAGUAUGUUCUGGACUGAACCUCAAUGAAGUUGCCAUCUUGGCCAUAUUGUCUUUCCUUUUGUUCUAAAUCUUUACAUCCCGCUUCUCACUGGUCAACGUCCUUUUCAUUUAACUGCUUGUCGUUCUCUGUUAGCCAAUCAAAAAGCCUCCUCCCUCCCACUUCAGGAGACUGCAUGGAAGCAUAGAAAUCACUGUUUCAAUGUCUGUGAUCUUCCUGAAUUCAUACCGUAUCACUAUUAACACUACCCAAAAUGACAUCCCGCUAUGGGCUAAAGGCUGUUAGAUUUUUAUUAGGCUUUUUUUUUCAAGACAGGAGAACAUUUAAAGAAUUUAGUUUACAAUGACAGCAACAGAAGAGAAUCACGGUAUUAAAUAUCUGUAUAUUAAAUAUACCUACAGAUGUGGCUUAUAUCAUGAAUAAAAAAAAGAGACUAAAAUGAAAUGAUGCCAUUUGUCAUUGUGCUAAAAUGAAUAUAAAUAUUAUAUAUUAAAAUAUAUUUGCUAACCUAA